AUGUCAGCCCAAAACUCCGCGGGAAUCCAGACCCUUCUGGAUGCUGAGCGCGAAGCUCAAAAGAUCGUUCAGCAAGCUAGAGAAUACCGCACAAAGCGCGUAAAAGAAGCCCGAACAGAAGCCCAGCGCGAAAUCGACGACUACAGGAAACAAAAGGAGGAAGAAUUCAAGAAGUUUGAAGCCGAGCACUCAAGCGGAAACAAAAAAGCCGAAGAAGAAGCCAAUAAAGAAGCCGAGGUCCAACUGGCGGAGAUCAAAGUGGCUGGAAAGAAAUCGGGUGAUAAAGUGAUCAAGGAUUUGAUCCAUGCUGUUGUUGAGGUGAAGCCAGAGGUGCCCGAGGAGAUUGCUGCUUGA